AUGGAGGGCUCUCCUUCCCUCAAUGAAGAUCUGCUAGUUGAAAUCCUGGCUAAAGUGCCCGUAAAAGCUUUGCUCCGUCUUAGGAGCGUAUGCAAAUCAUGGAAGUCCAUCAUAGCCAGCCCCGAAUUCUGUUCCUUUCACCUCUCCACAAACCGCCACUCCUCCAAAAUCUUGAUCACCGCACGAGACCGUGGACACACUAAGAGACCCGAAGAGCGGUACUUUGUGCUUAACAACGAUGAAAAUCUCCCUUUCGACCCUUCCUGGUUAACCCCCUUUGAUUUCCCCUUCCAUUCUCACCACAUAGUGGCCUCCAUCAACGGCUUGAUAUGCGUAUCAACGUCUGAAUCGGAUUUGGAAGUGCAAGUCAACAUACCCUUCAUGCUAUGGAACCCUACCAUCCGGAGGCACGUCUACCUACCCGACCUCACCUUGACCAAACCAGAUGAAUCGUCCAUUGAGUUUGGAUACGACCCCACCACAGACGACUACAAAAUUGUGGUCCUUACACUCCCUGCAGAGUUCAACGUCUAUUCCCUGAACUCAAACACGUGGCGCAGAGGUUUCCUCGACCGCCAAAUAAGUCUAAUUAGAAGCACGGGCGCUUUCGCAGGAGGCAAGAUGCACUGGCUCGUCAGCAAAGAUUUUCAGGACAUGAUUUGCCUUUACUCGUUCGACGUGGCGAAGGAGGUUUUUGCAGAGGUGGCCUUACCUCCGCAAAAGGAUCCUGCAGCCACGAUUAUUAUGUAUCCCCAGGGUGUAACUGUACUUGGGGAUUCGUUGGUUGUGGGACAGCAGGCCUUGAAAUCGAAGAACGUGAUGUUCGACAUGACUUGGAUUAUUUGGGUGCAGAUAGUUGCCGGUGGCUGGAAGAAAUUGUACAGAGUGGAGGACCCAAUGGGCAUGGCGGCUACUGCGUUUGUGUGUGUUUUGAAGAAUGGGGAGUUGGUAAUGGACAAGUACUAUUCUCAUGGCUCUUCUUAUGGCAUAGCUGCAUAUGACCCUAAGGCUAGGGAGUUUAAGUCUUUCUGUGAGCAACGAGACUUUGGGGGUGUGAAGUCUCUCAAUGAUCACCAAGAGAGUCUCGUCCUCAUGGACUGCACGCCGGUUGGUGACCCACGCGCUAGUUGCUCUAAUUGGUCUUGCCAAGUUCAAUUCGAAAGGAAGACACCCUCCACGCUAGUUGCUCUUGCCAUCCUCAAAUCCAAAAAUUAA